AUGGCGCCCCUCCAGGCCGAUGACAUGAGAGUGCUGGGCCAGGACCCCCUCAUUCCACCUGCCCUGCUCAUUUCCGAGAUCCCUAUGACAGAUGAGGCUCUUCAGACAGUUAUCAAGGGGAGACGGGACGCUGUGGGCGUCAUCAUGGGUCGGAACGAUCGCCUUUUGGUCAUAGUCGGACCCUGCUCCAUCCAUGAUCCGGCCACAGCCAUUGAAUACGCACACAGGUUGAAGGCGGUUGCCGAAAAGUUCUCGGACGAUCUGGUUAUCGUGAUGCGCGCCUACCUCGAGAAACCGCGGACAACAGUGGGCUGGAAGGGCCUGAUCAACGAUCCCGAUAUCGACCAAACUUUCAAGAUCAACAAGGGGCUUCGGGUGUCCAGGCAGCUCUUCCGAGACCUUACCUCGACGGGCAUGCCCAUUGCCUCCGAAAUGCUUGACACGAUAUCCCCGCAGUUCCUGGCCGACUUCAUCUCAGUCGGUGCCAUCGGUGCGCGGACCACAGAGAGUCAACUUCACCGUGAGCUAGCCUCUGGUCUGUCUUUCCCGGUCGGCUUCAAGAACGGAACAGACGGAAAUCUCGGCGUCGCCAUUGAUGCCAUUGGCGCUGCCGCCGCCAAGCAUCACUUCAUGGGUGUCACCAAACAAGGUCUUGCAGCCAUUACCCGCACCAAGGGGAACGAGCACGGUUUUGUCAUCUUGCGGGGCGGCUCGAAGGGCCCCAAUUACGACAAGGCCAAUAUCCAAGCUGCCAAGGAGACCUUGAUCAAGAAGGGCCAGAAGCUGGCAAUCAUGGUGGACUGCUCCCAUGGUAACUCGAACAAGGACCACAGGAAUCAGCCCAAGGUCGCCAAGGUCAUUGCAGAGCAGCUGCGUGAAGGCGAGAAGGCCAUUAUCGGCGUCAUGAUCGAGUCCAACAUCAACGAGGGCAACCAGAAGGUGCCACCUGAGGGCCCUUCGGCCCUGAAGAAGGGCGUGAGCAUUACAGACGCCUGCAUUGACUGGGAGACGACCGUUGAAGUCCUCGAAGAUCUCGCAGCGGCUGUUCGUGAGCGCCGGAAAUUGACCGGCGGAGCAGAGAACGGCGAGCCGAAGACGACUCUGCUGGAGGAGGAGUAA